GCGCCCAGUCGCUUCCCUCCUGCUGCCCGACGUGCGCGCGGGCUGCAGCAGCAGCUGGAGGCAGGGGCGGGGGGAGCAUUCGGGCUCCGUGCUGCUGCAACAGGUCAAGGAGGAGCGGAGCAGCGCAGCAUCCCCGUUUUCCCCUCCCCCUGCGAGGCAGGGAGCUCUCAGAAGACCUUGCCCUAGCCCUUCCCCCGGGGAGCUCGCAUCGAUUUGGCAGAGAUGAGCUGAUUUACACUGAAGUGUCAUAAUGACAUCCACGGACACACCAAGCAGCACCAAUGGCUUGUACAAUGAGGAUAGAAAUUUGCUCCGGAUCAGAGAGAGAGAGAGACGGAAUCAGGAAGCUCUUCAGGAGAGAGACACAUACCCGGAAAAUGCCCCCCUCUUUGCAGAACCUUACAAGACUAACAAAGAAGAUGAAUUGUCCAGUCGAAUUCAGAACAUGCUGGGUAAUUAUGAAGAGGUGAAGGAGCUAAUCAGCACCAAGUCCCAUCAGAAUCUGAUAGGGAUACCUAAGAGCAUUGUUCCUCUGAUCCACCAGGGAAAGCCUGAUCGCCCGUUCUUUCCUGAAAAGACCAGCAGUACAUUACCAACCUCAUUCCAGCACAGCACCCGCCAUCUGGCCAUGGGACCCCCCAGCUUGACUCUCCCAUCUGCUAGUAAUUCCAUUCGCUACCCAAAGACACAAGCAAGAAUGGAACCAGCUGCAAAUUUGCACACCAAAAGCCACAGCUUGUCCAGCGGUCAGAGCCAAGGUCCAGAACAGAGACGCAGUGGUCAGGAAAGCCAUCAUGGUGGUCGCCACAAGAAAAAUGAUAGACGUGUUGAUGAAAAUGGUGCUGCUGAACUGCAAGCCACCCUCUCAGAGCUUUCUCCCUUACUGUCCUCUUUGUCUUCUCCAGUGGCGCCCCUGUCACCUCUGCAUUCCAGUCAGCAUAUCCAUUCCAGGUCACAGAACAAUAACCAAAGUCACGGGCAGACUUACAAUCCAAUGAAAUCGCCUCAGGACUUUGUGGCAGGAUUGCAUGAUAACGAAACCCGGGAUAGUUCAGCCAUUAAUCUGGCCCAACCAUCUUCUCAGACAUUUCCUCCAGCCUUGCCGCCAAAAAACAGUGCAAUGCAGCAGAAACCUACUGCAUAUGUUAGACCAAUGGAUGGCCAAGAUCAGGCGCCAAAUGAGUCACCGGAGCUCAAGCCACUUCCGGAGGAAUACCCUGGACAAACCUUUGGGAAAAUAGCAGAUCUAAAAACAAAUGCCAAGGCCAAACUAUCCAAAUUGAAAAUACCGUCUGAGCCCACUGAGCAAACCUUCCCCAAUGAAGUCCAUUGCGUUGAAGAAAUUUUGAAGGAAAUGACCCACUCAUGGCCACCUCCCUUGACAGCUAUCCAUACACCUAGCACAGCUGAGCCUUCAAAAUUUCCUUUUCCAAUAAAGGAAUCCCAGCUUGUUGAAUCUGUAAUACAGAAUCAGAAGCAGUAUGAUGCACCUUCAAAAACGUUGCAAUCACAACAAGGAACAUCAAUGCUACAAGAUGACCUCCAGCUCAGCGAUAGUGAAGACAGUGAUGAUGAUCGGGUCUCUGAAAAGCCACCUCCCUCAUCUGCUCCUCCAAGUGCCUCACAAUCACAGCCUGAGAGUGUGGCAUCAGCACAUUCCAGCAGUGCAGAGUCAGGGAGCACCAGUGAUUCAGACAGCUCUUCAGAUUCGGAGAGUGAGAGCAGUUCAAGUGACAGCGAAGCAAAUGAGCCACCGAGAACUUCUACGUCUGAGCCUGACCCACCAACAUCAAAUAAAUGGCAGCUGGACAACUGGCUAACCAAGGUGAACCAACCAGCAGCACCAAAUGAGAAUCUCAGUGAGGUUGUCCAUAGACAUGAUCAUCAGGAGAGCAAGGGGCAAGGGAAAAGCAGCAGCAGCUCUCAUGAACGUUCUGAAUCAAAUGAGUUGCACUCCAAAAACUCAAGCAAAAUAACCAGGGCUCCCCAGGCGGUACAUCUUCCCAGCAAACAGACCUGCCAGAAGUCUCCCACGCGCACUGAGGAGCCCUCUCAGAGGCCCACAGUUGGUACCAAGAAGCCCAGCAAGGUCCCACUACAGGAGGCUCACAGGGGAAGUCUGAAAGUGGAAAGUGAGCCUGGUCCAUAUGGGGUUAAAGACCAGUCUUCCAGAGACAAGCCAAAAGUAAAAACGAAAGGGAGGCCAAAAUCCAGAGAUAAAAAAGAAUUGAAACCAACGGUGCAAGAGCCCUUGGAAAAGAAAAAGCACAAGAGCUCACACCAAGCUAAAGCAUUUUUGGACCCUAAGCCUGUGAAAGACAUUGUGGCUGGCAGUGCCCCAGAACAUUUUCCCCUCAGCCCUGUAGCUCAGAGCCAGAAGCCUGCCACCCCCACCAGGACUAGUGGCAAAAAGCCUGCCGUUGUGGUCAGAGAGGACUUCCAUAGAGACAAACUUCUCUUGCCUAUCAGGGAUAAGACAUUGUUAUCGCCCCUGAGGGAUUUCCCAGUCCCUCAUGCUCUUGUGGUUAAAAUUGAGCUGUGUCUCCUUUCAAGAAUUCCACAACCACCUGGGAAAGGGAGUCGCCAGAAGAAACUUGAGGGUAAAGAACUCUCGAGUGUGAGGAAGCAGGAUUUGGAAAAGAAAAGCACAGAAACUCCUAACAAGUCUCUCAAAAAGAGAAAGGGAGAAGUGGAGAAAGAGCCUGAUAAGAAGAAAAUCAAGUUGGAGAAAGAAACCAAAUCAUUGUUGUCUUCAAGUCACAAAGACUCCAGUAAAAUGAAAGUAUCCAAAUUUCCAUCCGAGACACUGAAGAAGGAGCUCCUGCUACCACCACCGUUGCCACCAAUGUCUACUGCGCAGUCUACCCAGAAGCCAGCCAAGAUGGCACAAAAGAGACACAAGGGCGAGAGCAGCACCUGCAGCCAGCUGCCUGACACAAAUAACCGAACUGCCAAGAGCAAGAGCAACCACAAGGAUUCUUCAUCCUCCAAGCACAGGAAAGUGGAGGGGAAGCAUUCUGAACAUUCUAAAAGCAACAAAGGACCUUCAGGAGAUGUUAAAAACCCUUUCCCGGUGCCUUCUUUGCCAAAUGGUACCUCCAAGCCAAGGAGACCUCAAAUCAAGUUUGAAAAACAACAUCCGAUGGAGUAUCACAUAGAGGAGGCCAAAAGACUGAAGCACAAAGCUGACACAAUGACAGACAAGGUUGCAAAGGCAUUUCAGUACUUGGAGGCUGCCCUUUCCUUCAUCGAGUAUGGAAUUGCUGUGGAAUCUGAUGCACUGACACCAAAAUCAGCAUACACCAUAUUCACAGACACCAUAGAUCUCCUUAAAUUUAUAAUGACAUUAAAAUCCUUUUCAGAUACCUCGGCAUCUGCACAUGAAAAAAUCUUUGCUGUUUUGUGCAUGCGCUGCCAAUCCAUUCUGCACAUGGCAAUGUUUCGUUACAAAAAAGACACUGCAGUAAAGUAUUCCCGAACUCUCAAUGAACACUUCAAGAAUUCUUCCAGAGUCACGCAAGCACCUUCUCCGUGUGUUGCAAGAAGCACAGGCACACCUUCUCCUCUUUCCCCGAUGCCCUCUCCUGCCAGCUCUGUGAGUUCCCAGCCAGGAUCAAACGCUAGCAACUGUGGCAGUGGAGGCAUUGGUUCUUCAAUCAACACUCUACAUAAUAUCCCAAGCAUAACCUUUUCCUAUGUCAACAUCACUUCCUAUAUCCUCUAUGCCUAUGAUAUUUGGGAGCAGGCCGAUGCAUUGGCCAGGAAGAAUAAGGAAUUCUUUGCCGAACUCAGUGCAGCAGUGUGCCCUCUGGCACUGAACAGUAGUAUGACUGAACUGGUACACUACACUAGGCAGGGUUUACAGUGGCUGAGACUGGAAACAAGUACACCUUAACUAGUGCUCAGGGUGGUAAAUGCCUUGAACUUUUUUGCACUUUGGAAGCCUCAGAAACAGUCUGUCUGGCUGAAUCAUUGGAUACAAAGCGCCUGGAAGGGAAAACAAAGCAAGAUGGAAGGGAUCUAACUACACUGGAAAACUUUUGAACUGUGUUUCUAGGGUAGCACUUGGCCACCUUGAAGAGAUGAAGGGAGGCCUCAGAGUUGAUGAUGCCUGUCUUUAAAAGGACAAAGUGCAAUGUACUGUCUGAAAGGUUCAAUGUGUUGGUGGUCUGUAAACAUUUCUAUAAAUGAAUAACCAGCAAGACAAAAAUCACACGUGAAGAAGUGCUGACAAGAAGGAAGUCCACCUCCAAAAGUUAUUAUGCAACAUCUCAAAAGCCACAGCAGUCACUUGUCCAUCAGAAAGUUCAGAGAAGUGUUUUUGCAAACCACAGCUGCAAUCAAUGAUGUAUGUUGUUCUUCCUCGGAGUUGGGAGGUCAUGGGGAGGACAAGACCUGAACGGAACCAAACAGCAUUAUGUUAAACUAGAAACAGCAAAGCAAUCUGCCUUGCCCACUUCCUAACCAUACCUUACUGCAUUUAUAAAUCAACUGUUGUACUGAUACUCUUGAAACUGAUUGCAACCACUGCCUUCAGCACUGCAAGUUCACUUAGUAGAUCACCAUUGCUUUGAUUUUUUUUCUCCUUUCUACACACACACACACACACACACACACACGCACACAUACACACAAUGCAGACCAUUAACUCUCAAACUGUUUCAGUUGUGGUAUUGCUUAGUUUGGGCCUCGUACGUCAAACACAGUUGGGGUGGGGAAGUUAAGGAGCAUGUAAGGAUUGUGCUGUUUUCCUCUGAAAGGAAGGCAGGGAGUUGUCACUAUGCAUCCUCUCAGAUUGUUGCUGAUUAGGUAUGAAGGGGAGGGAAGGUAAGGGACAGUCAGAAUGGUUCAUUGUGGUUGUGCAAACAUUAUGCUGAGUUGCAGAUCUUUAAAUCAGGAGGAAUUGCUUCUGCAUAAGGUGGUAUCUGCUUUCACUAUACCUGGAAAUAAAGGGUCAGAUUUUUGCCCUUGGAUAUUCACACACAAUCACAUUGAUUUUUUCAGUGGAUAUCUGAGAGCAGGCUUGGCACUGAAGUCUUGUAACCCUCAUAUGGGAGAUACUCCCAUUUCAUGGCAAAGCUAUAGGUUUUGCCCAGCAACUCAAAAUCUAUCUUCAGAGGAACACAAAUGAGAAUAUUCAGCUAUUCUUGUUAGAUUUGCAAGCAGCUCUUCUUUACCUUAAGUUGUGUUUUUAAAGAUAUGAUUAUGCAGAUGACAGUAACACUGAAGAAUACAUUCACAAUAUUUUUAUAUCCAGUUAGAUGGCAAAGAAUUCUUAUUGUGUAAAGCUUUCUGCCAUCCUCAUAUCUAAUAGUGUGCCUUAGCUCUCCAGUCCUCUCAACCAGCACUCGACUUAUGCUAGACUGCUGGGAAUGCUGAUGCCCAAAUGAAUUGUGCAUAUCGAUUUUACAGAAAGGAAAACCUUUGCAAUGAAUUGGCCCCUUUUCCCCAUUGUAAAAGGAAGCAUUUGCACAUACCGUGUAUCCAUAUAGAAACAGAUCUAUACAUAUGCUGUAAUGAAGCAAUACUCCUUCUCCGAGGUGCCUGUUGAGGGUUUUAGGGUUCAAUAAAAUAUAAGCAAGAGAUCUGAAUUUCCAAAAGCUGUUGCCUUUAAAGCCGUGUCCCUGACCCAUGUAAGACUGGGACAGUCCCUUGCAACAUGAGGCCCAAGAAAGCUCCCAGGUAGAUAGCGGAAGGGAAGCAUGCCUCUUUGGAGAGCCUUCUGAGAAAACGAGUCCCCACCUCUUGCAUUAACAGAGAAAUAAGCACAAGAACAUUCCAUUCUCUCUUUUCCUCUGGCUGCACGGAACCUUCAGGACCCUCCUCAUGUCUUACCACUUUGUUAAAGCCGUAGUUCAUUUCAGGGAUAAGCCAUCCUAACCAUUGGAAGCAAGUUCCAUAUUCCUCUCCCAGUUUAUAUAUAAUAAUAUAUAUACACAUGCGUAUUCCUUUUGGAAGGAAUAACUGAUUCAUAUAAACACACACAGUCCAGAGGUUUAUUAAUGUUUAUUUUGUUCUCAGGAAGCAUGGGAAGGGCAUAGAAAAGUAAGGCCCUUCUGCACACUUCGGAGCCUGCGAUCUGAUACAAGUAUAACUAAUAAGCUGGAGUUCCAGACUGAUUGAUUGAAAUCCUCUUCUUAUUUUUGUCUUGCAGUGCAGCUUGCCUUAAUGUCACAAGUGAGGAGGAAGGGAAAGAAAGGGUUAUUACCACCACCUGACUUAGGAAUCAGUAUGGGACUCUGCAGGAGCCAGAGGAGACUCUUAGGGAUAGAUUUAAGGAUAAAUGAGGACCCAGAUUCAGUGCGACUCCCAUACAUACAUCUCUCCUGCAGCCCCCUCUCCACCCUUCAGACAGCCACUUCCAUCCCAACACAGACUCUCCCUCCUAAGCAAGACGGCCUAGCCCAACUGGAAGCAGGACUUCGGUUGUGAAUUGUGCUGAGGCCUGCUAUUUUGCUUCUGACUUACUGCUCCACCUGAAUGCCCUCUGAUCCUCAACCCCAGAUUCCAAGGGACCUGCCUAAGCCCACCUGUGAACACUUUAUUAAUUGGAUAGUUCUAUUCCUACAAGAAAGCUAGCUAAAGGGGUGGAAGGGCAAAGGCCUUGUCAAGAGGAGAUCCGCUUAAUGCAGAGGCGCUGCUGCCUUACAGGAUUAUUGAUGAACAAUUAAAAAAGAAUGUCGAACCAAACCCUCUUAUGAUAUAUGGGGCACAACCCUGCUCCCAGUGAAUCUGGCAGAAAACCUCCCAUUUACUUCAGUUGGAGCAAGAUUAUGCUCAUAGUCAGUACAGGCUCCAUAAGUGGAGGGUAGUCAGUAGGGAGCAAACUACAAAUCAGAAAGCUAUAUUCUAUUAUUUCCCUUUGUAGGGACUCCAUAAAUAUUAGUAAUUGGGAAGAAAUGCUACCCAUUUUCAGCCUAGAGCCAGCUUCGAGGCCCAUUUAAGUAAAGGGAAAGAUAGACAUUAACUUCAGUGGGCCCUGCGCCAGGCCCUUAGGGAGGAGCAAGAAAAAAAUGAAAUAGUAUUUGCCAUUGCAAAAAAAGAAAAGGUGGAGAUAAGAGUGAGUCCUGUGAGGCGUGAAGGGAGCAGCAGUCGCAAGGCAGCAGCCUUCCCAUGCAAUAUUUAUUUAGAAGUAAUUAAUGUAUUUAAAUUGUCAAAUAUUCUAUAUCUAAGAUGCCAUUAUUUAAUAGUUCAAAAGCCCCAUUCACACUGGAGACAUGGAGCUCUUCUGUAACGGAGUCAGAGUUUGACUGCAAUAUUAUUUAAAAAGGCAAAGUCCUUUUUCGCUUUUUUGUUUUGUUCUUGUCCCCAUCCCUCCCUCUUCCCCCCCUUGGUUCCAGGUAUAAAUCUGUACAUAUAAAUUUAUUUUGGGGUGUGUCUCCAUCAUGUAAAUAACCUUUUCUGCCCUGUGUGUGAUGGAAUUUCCAAACUAAUUGAUUCAUUCAUGUGGGGAAAUAAAAUAAAUAUUAAAUGAAGUAA